CCACUGGGAUUUCACAGCACCUUCUCCAUUACAGUCAGUUGACUGCAGUAUUUGAAUAUCAGGUCGGCAUUACAGAAAAAACUGCAAAGAUGUCUCAGCUAGAAACCGCAAUGGUAAUGAUCAUGAAAACCUUUGACAAGUACUCAGGUGCAGACGAUAACAAAGGCUGUCUCAGCAAAGCAGAGCUCAAGACACUUAUGGAAAAAGAGUUUCCAAGUUUUCUCAAGGGCGCUAAGAACCAGGACGAGGUUGAUAAACUGAUGAAGACCUUGGAUCACAAUGGAGAUUCUCAAGUGGACUUCAACGAGUUUGUCAUUCUCAUUGCUGCUUUAACCUGUGCCUGCCACGGCUGCAGUGGUAAAAAAUAACUGUAACCAAUACUGUUUUCUUUCUAUAAGCAUUGUUUCCAUUGGUCAUUACAAUACGCUUUAAAAGGCAGCUUGUCCAAUUUCUUACAAUACAGACAGCAAAUAAAUGUUAAAUUGAAA